AGCCAUCGUCCCAUCAAGGCACGUUAGACGCAGGUUUCUGCCUACCAAACGCCGUACCGUGCGAGAGCUGCUCGCCAGUUUGUAUGUGUGCUGUGUGUGGUGUGAAGAUAUGCUUGCAGAUCUUUCGCUAUGCUCCAGCGCUUGGGUUUCGCCGCGCGUUUAUGACGCAUUCGGUCACCAGUUCCGCGAAGCCUGACGUGCGCUCUGGCUAGCAAACUAGCGGUUUCCAUUUCUGGAAGAAAGUUCUCGGAAAAGACAAAAUAGUGACACAAAUUGAAGCAUAAGAAAAACAUAUGCCAAGAAAGUGCAAGAAAGUGAAUCGAGUGAUCCAUCUGAAACCAUCCGGCGGCUACGAAGAUGUCUGCAAAGAUCACGACCGGUGGGCCAGCCACCGCUCCGGCCACUACCAACAUCAACAACAACAACGAUUCCCCGGAUGUACAGGUGACGGUUAAGGAUCUUCCGAUCUCGUUUAAGGUCAAGUAUCUUGGCUGUCAACCAGCGACCGGUUUGUGGGGUAUCAAGCAUACGAGGCUUCCAGUCGAUCAUCUAGUCAGCGUCGCCAAAAACCUACCCCCGAACCGGAUUCUUCCGUUCUGCAAUCUAACGGUUUCGCUGGACGGGGUCAAAAUUGAGUCGAUCACCUCAAAGGUGACGCAGGUGUCGAACUUUACCAUCGACACGAUCUCUUACGGUGUGCAGGACCUCGUCUACACGCGGGUCUUUGCGAUGAUCGUCGUGAAGGAGAACUACAACCUGAAGGAGAAGAACCCUUUCGAUGUGCACGCGUUCGUGUGCGAUAGCAGGGCGAUGGCACGGAAGCUGACCUUUGCACUGGCCGCCUCCUUUCAGGACUACUCGAAGCGGGUCAAGGAUGCCGAAGAGAAGAACGUUAGCGGUGAUCCGGAGAAGACGAUACGGAAGAAGUUUGCCAUCGACCUGCGGACACCGGAGGAGAUGCAGCUGGACAUUACCGAGCAGGAAACGGAAGCGUGAUGCGUCGAGAAGCCGACGACAAUAUCCAAUAACAUGCACGCACAAAAAAAACCGCGCACGGAACCAAACUGAGUGCAAAUCCUAGUCCUAAAACGUACGCUCCGUAAAGGAAGCGUCUAGAGUAGCGUCGCCACAGAGAGAUCCGCUCGUUAGCGAGAAAGCCCGAGACCGAUGGGGUUGCUUACGGAUAUCGAUGCAGAUACCAAAUGCAGGGUUUUGUUUCUAUACUGCUUGUCGUUUCGUUUGCCACCUAAGAAAUUUAUUAUGUUUUAGAACUGCUUUUAUCCUUUUUAUACAGCUGAGCGAAAAGUGGAACGAAAUGAUGUUGUACAAACGAUCAGACAGGGAACCGUAGACAAUAGUUUUAAACGAUAAGCAUAUUGGCUGGGGCAUAUCCAGCGUUUCGAAGGUGCACUGUAUAGUAAUUUUAAUACAAUAAACGUUUAUGAGUGCAAAUGUUACACGACCGAAUGACGUUCUAGUAUGGAGAAGAGAAAGCCCCCGAGAACGAUACCAUAUUGCCCCACCAAGGGUUCAGUCGAUUGUGAAUUACCUCUAACGGAAUGCUUAACCAACCUUAAGAAGAUUAAAAGACAGUAACGAACUUUAUAAUGAACGAAACUGACAAAAUAAUCCGAACCGUGGCUAAACGAUAUAUCAACUGAUCAAGUAUUGAUCAUUUUAAAAGAGUGAUUCAAAUGUAAAGGUUUUGAAUAGCUUUUGCUGUACAUGCCAUUUUGCAGCUGAUUUCAUAAAUUGUUUUGUUUGGCUAAUAAACCAAAACCGACAGCACAUU